AUGACGCCGCGUUCCCAACCACUGACGCUCGACUACAUAGACUGCUCCAUUAUGGCCGAAAAGGAGACACCACCUGUAGUGACUGGAACUCGCCCUCCACCAUCUGUCACAAUCGCCGAGCCACUUCUCUCCUCAUACCUCUAUUCCACCAGCGAUCGCAAGGAUAUCACCGAGGAGGAAGAACAACUGAAGCGCGAUAACUGGAUUAUGGGGAUCGAUGAAGCUGGCAGGGGGCCAGUGCUAGGCCCGAUGGUAUAUGGCGCUGCGUUUUGCACCCAGGCAUUUGCAGAAGACAAAUUACUCGACUUGGGCUUUGCCGAUUCGAAGACUUUGACCCAUAGACGGAGGGAGGAACUGCUGGAGAUGAUCGUACAUCCCCCCGCGGACCAACCCCUCAAUGAACGAGUUGAAUGGAAUGUCAAGGUCUUAACACCAGCUGAUAUCAGUCAAGGAAUGAACCGACGAUCACCAUACAAUCUUAACGCCCAAGCAUUCGAUGCGACUUGUGAAAUCAUCCAGCAUGCUCUGGACCUUCAAUACAAUCUCCAACAUAUCUAUGUUGAUACCCUUGGUCCCCCCAAAACUCAUCAGAUGAAACUUGAACAAUCCUUUCCCGGAAUCAAAUUCACGGUUUGCUCGAAGGCCGAUUCAAUCUACCCAAUAGUGGGAGCGGCCAGUGUUGUGGCUAAGGUGACCCGAGACGCCAUCGUUUCACAUUGGAUCCACCCUGAAUCAACUCAUCCUCAAAAAAGGAAGUCUAGUCAAGAGGAUGAGGAUGCUACCACCUCCUUGGGAUCUGGUUAUCCUUCUGACCCCAACACAGUAAAAUGGCUAAGCGAAAACUUCAACACUAUCUUUGGAUUUGGACAACUUGUUAGAUUCAGCUGGGGUACAGUCAAAACGCUCUUGGCCGAUCGAGGGCCUGCAUUCAGUUGGAAUGACGAGCCAAGUAUCCAAAAAUGGUUUAAACCGGUUUCGCAAUGUCAAGCAGAGACUGCCCCUGUUGGGUUCUGUCAAGAUCUGGGCUUGAGAUCGGUAGACUCUCUUUGAGUCGUGGCGGUCACUCACCUCUUUUCCUGUUGGGCGGCUCGCAUGUGGAAAUUGCUGAAUAUGUACUGCUAUAAGUUCUUUUUUUCACUCCAUGCACAAAUCCUUAUUUAUUUUGCUCUCGUGGCCUUGUAACCUCCCACUCGUUUCGCAAAUUUCACAUGCGUCAACUAUUUCUUUUUUCUUCGGGGUUCAGACGAGCAUUUCCAACGUUUAUUGCUUGUGGGUCCAACACUGACAUAGUAAGAAAUGAAGUAAUGUCAAG